AUGCCUGCAGUCAGCAUGCGAGCGCUGACAGGGGAUGAUGGAGUUGACUGUUGGAGCAACCAAGCUAUCUGGAACAGGGCCCUCGAGGGCAUGAAAGUGGUUAUAUCUACUCAUGCUGUACUUGCGGAUGCGCUCACUCACGGGUUCAUAAAACUGAACCAACUAGCUCUCAUUGUUUUCGAUGAAGCUCAUCAUUGCAUGAAGUCACAUCCAGGGAACCGUAUAAUGCGUGACUUCUACCAUAAGGCCAAAUCAGAAAAUGUGGCCGUACCCAGCAUUCUCGGCUUAACAGCGGCAGUUGAUGUAACAAAAAUUCGGUACGCUGAGUCCUACUCUGGUUCAGGGCAUCUCACCAACGAUUUUAUAAGGCAGCUUGAACAGAAUCUAGACGCCAGUUGUCGGGCCCCAUUGGUCGAGCAGCAAGAGCUGACCGCGUAUGAUUCGCAACGGAAUUUCACUAAGAUUGCCUACACUCAAAUCCAAGAUGACUCGGUAAAUCUGCCGUCAUCUUUGCACAAGCUGGGGAUACUCAUCGAAGCUCUGAAAGAACAAAAUGGCCGCACUGUCCCUACCGACUUAUUAAAGAUUCCUAGAAAGGCUCAUGCCAUUUGGGCCCAGCUAGGGAUCUGGGCUUUACGACACUACAUUAAUAUCAAAAUUCCAUAUGUGUCCCACUACAUCGCCGUACAUGAAGAAUGCCUCUCUGACAGGGGAGCUGAUCCUGAAUCAACAGCUUUGAUUGCCUGUCUGCGAAGUGAUAUAGAAGGCCAUGUUCUCCAUUUGGUCGAACCUGGCAACAUCUCGAAUAAGGUCGAAGCGCUCAUAUCGUUUCUGCUGGAAAAAUUCAGCCCAGACUUCUCGGGGAUCAUUUUCGUUCGAGAGAGGAUUACUGCCACUGCUGACUCUGAGUCUUGGGCCAAAAAUGAUGCUUGGAGUUUCGAAAAAACGGAGACUGUGGUUUCACACUUCCGCAGCGGCUUGAAAAACUUGAUCAUCGCAACCAGCGUCCUCGAGGAGGGUAUCGAUAUCCCCGCCUGCCGUCUUGUCAUUUCAUUUGAUAGCGCAGACAACAUGAUAGCUUUCAUUCAGCGCCGGGGUCGAGCACGACACCGCGUAUCGGAGUUUGCUUUGAUGGAGGCAAUAGGUGUGGAAUCCAUAUCUAUGCGGUCCAAGCUGUGGGGCGAACUUGAAAAGCAGCUGCAGGGAAUAUGUCGGGACUACGAACGAUGUGCGCAGGCGUUAGAAGUGGGCGAUAAGUACUCGAAAGAGACUCUUCUUUCGCUUAGAACACACACCGGGGCCUUGCUGAUAAGCGAAAAUGCUAUAUCACAUUUGUAUCAUUUUUGCACAACUCUACGGGGUGGAAGACCUGGCAUAGAUCGUCCAGAAUUCUCAUACGAGAAAGAUAGGGCAGAGCUUACUCGGUCAACGGUUUAUAUGCCGAGUGGCGUGGACCCUUCUUUGAGAAUCGUGAAAGGUCAUCACUGGUGGAAAACGAAGCGGGCUGCCCGUCAGGAUGCCGCAUUUCAAGCUGUCCUCGCCUUGCACAGUCGGGGUCUCAUCAACGACCAUAUCUUGCCACUGUUCUCUGACAGCGCCGCGGCAGUGGAAGCGGUUCACGAGAGAGAAGUUCUUUCCGAGAUGCCUAUUAUGCCUACUAUUUCGAACUUGCAUGACUUUUGGAAGGAAGUUCCUGGGCACUGGAUGGUAGGAACAAUGUACAAAUGCCGCAUUGAUUUUGUCGAGAACGGAGAAAGCCGGCCAGAACUAUCAUUAGCACUUCUUACGCCUGUCAAGGUGCCCCGAACUGCGAAUCUGAAUCUUUACUGGGACGCCAAAACAACCCUCACUGCAAUUUUGCAGCCUCUGAACAUCGAAACGGCACUUGCUCCGUCCUUGAGGGCAUUGAUAAGAAGUAUAACGACUUUGCUUCUCCAAUCGCCACGCGUCCGUCCUCGGGACAGCCAGUACCCCGACUAUUUCCCAUUCUUCAUCCCAGAUCUUCCUAUGCAGGAGCUAGAGGACUGGCUAUUCGUCAACCAGGGAUCUUUCAUCAUAGGCACAGAACAAACCAAAAUCCCGAUACUCUCCCCCUCGGGAUUCAUCCGCAGCCCCAGCCUUCGUUUUGCUCCUCAUACUUUUGUGAGAUGGGUACGGGAACCAAAUACAAAAGAACUCUCCAUAGAAUGCCAGAAAUUUGGGAGAAGAAAAAACCUGUUGCAGCGAGCUUCAUUAUCUUCCAGAACAUCAUCGGAGCCAGGCGGCCUCAAAACGGCGUGCGUAGCUGCCACAGACUGCAUCAUUGAUUUCAUGCCUUGGGAGCUGAGUUUGGCUAGCCUUGCAAUUCCACCAAUUAUGCAGCUUCUGCAUCAAAACCUAAUGGCACAUAGCUUACGGAUGAAGGUUCUCAAAGAUCUCCCUAUGAUUGACUCCAGCUUACUUACAGAGGCUAUAACGACACCUGCUUCUCAAUGGCCAACUGAUUAUCAACGGCUAGAAUUUUUCGGUGACUCUAUCCUCAAGCUUGUGGUUGCUAGACACGCGUUCUAUAAAUAUCCACUGUGGCACGAAGGCUACCUGUCGAAAUUCAAGGACUUGCUAGUCUCAAAUCAGAAACUGACACAGGUAGCCGUUCAUGCUCAUCUCGAAAGGUUCAUCUGUGCGGAUUUCAUCACGUUGAAAUAUCUCAUGUUUUCGCCAGCCGCGGAUCGAAAGCAGAACAGAAGAUUUCCCAAAAAGACUUUCGCCGAUGUCCUUGAAGCGUUGACUGCAGCUGCCUACGAAAGUGGUGGGAUUCCGCUUUCGCAAGAGCUUCUUGCCAUUUUUCUCCCGGAAAUUGCGGACAUCUCAAGUGCACUUCAGAGCCCACAAUACGAGUACUAUUCGUUCUCCACGCACUUGGAUCAGAAGAUUGACCUACUGCUGGUCUUCAAGUUCAAGAACCGGGCUUUGAUUUGGGAAGCACUCACUCAUCCAUCAUGGCAAAGAGACAGAACAGCUGGAUCCUAUCAGCGGCUCGAGUUUCUGGGAGACGCGGUUCUUGAAUUUCUAGUGUCCAGAAACGUGCAAAAAUGGUGCCCAAAGCUUGACGAAGGCCGAAUGUCGGAGAUCCGCGCGGCUCUGGUAAAUGCAGACUUUUUAGCCUUUCUCUGUAUGGAACUCAGCAUGCUCGAGACAAGCUGCCACGGCUCGAAGUCGAAGUCAGACCCGCCCGAAAUGAUGGCCGAACCGAAGAUUGUCUCCUUAUGGAUGUUUAUGCGUCAUGACUCCCCUGAUCUAAUCAAGAUUCAGGCUUUAUGCAGCACGCGAUAUCAAUCAUUGGGCGGCCUGAUCAAAGACGAGUUCGAGAAACAUGUCUCAUAUCCGUGGGCGACACUCGCUCAGCUAGGACCAUCCAAGUUCUACUCGGAUCUUAUCGAGAGCACAAUCGGAGCAAUUUAUGUCGAUAGCGGAGGUUGCUUAGAUACGUGCGAGCGCUUUCUGGAAAGGAUUAGUCUGUUAAAUCAUCUGGAGCGGUUUGCGGGGAAAGAGAUUCACCUCGAACACCCAACCAGCAAACUGCAUCAAAUUUCAGGGACACAGACUCCACGAUAUCAAUUCCAGAAAAAAGGCAAUGGCCUUCACAGUGCUUCUGUAUGGCUAGGGAGCGAGAGAAUCGCAUCAGUCGAAAAUUGCUCGACCAAGAACCAAGCUGUUGUGAUAGUUGCAGAUGCCGCGAUUAAAGUUCUCUCUGGAGCUUGA